AUGACGAUUCGCCCUCAGUCGUCCAAGAAGGACGCAACGCAGGCACCUCAAGAAGGUUCCCCCGAACAACAGCCGGAAGAAUCGCCCUCUAGAGACACACCGUCACCUCAGGGCCAGAAACGUCGGCAUAAAACUUCUCCGCAUCGUCACAGGAAACGAGCCUCCUUGACAUCACCCCAAUCUUCCCCCAUGUGCCAAGCCGGGCCCUCGGAGGCUCCUUCGGCCCCGCUGCCUCUGCCGCCGCUGAGUCCUCUGCAAGAAAAUGCGCCAGCUCCUUCUGAAAACGAGAACUCGGCGUACAACUCAGGAGACGAAUACGAUCGGCAGGAUCAGGACCCCCUAAGCGAGCGCGAGCUAGCAGAGAAAGAGAGGUGCUUCGAGAGAAUCCUCAAACAGAAAAAGGGCUUCAUCAUCAAAAAAAUGGUCGAAGACGGUGCUUGCCUAUUCAGAGCCGUGGCCGAUCAGGUGUAUGGCGACCAAGAGAUGCACGACGUCAUCCGUCAGCGCUGUAUGGAUUACAUAACCAAGAACGCGGACUAUUUCUCACACUACAUGACAGAACCGUUCGAUCGUUAUGUCGCGCGGAAGCGUCGAGCGCACGCUCACGGGAACCAUCUCGAAAUGCACGCCGUAUCUGAGUUGUUCAACCGGCCUAUCGAGAUUUACUGCUACUCUGAAAAACCUAUCAAUCUGUUCGACUACAAGAACGCGCUCGAUCCGAUUAGAUUGAGUUACCAUCGAGGGGUUCACUACAACUCGAUCAUCAACCCAUACAAACCGACGAUCGGGGUCGGACUCGGGCUUCCCGGCUACCAACCCGGUGCUGCUGACAAGAGCCAGCUCCUGGAGGCAUUCAGGGCGUCCGAGCAAACAGAAUUGGGGCGCCAGAUGCUUAAAGACAAGCUAAUAGCAACAGAUUAUGAAGCAACGAGCGAAGCCCUGGAACAGCAGGUCGCUCACGAAAGUUACCUGGAAUUUCUGCGCGAGAACGAGGAACGGAACCGCAAACGUCAAAGAGGAACGGCGACCGGCGGAGAAAGCCCUAAAGGCUCGUCCUCGCCCAGGAGUGGACGGGUUUCCCCCAAAGUCGGUUGCAGCACCCAAGGGAGUUCUCAGAGCAGCGCGAAAACGUCUCCGCGGAAUUCGCCCAGACUUUCGACGGUUCGAGAGGAUCCCUCCUGCAGUUCAAGAUACAGUCCCAAACCCUGCAGCUCCAAAGACCAUCCAGGCCCCUCGGAAUCUACGGGAGCGUCGCGCGUCAGUGAUUUCCCCCCAGAGAUGUUCGGACUUGAGGAUUACGACGAUGGCGUGCUGGCUCGUGUCCUCGCAGAAUCUCAAGAAGAGUACUUCCGUCAAUUGAAGAAGCAAACUCAGGAGAACAGUUGGGAGCCUUCGGCUGGAUGCAGCAAUGAGCAGGAAGGAGCGUCAACUUCAAAACAAGGAACGUCAAUGCAAUACAGUAAUGAGUGAUCGUGGGGAGAAUUCAUUGAACCGACAGCGUGCCUGACUGGUCGAUUGAAUCACCGACUGACUAAUCGAUUUAGAAACUUUGCUGCAAUGAGCCUCGUAUUUGCUGGUUGGACUACACUCCCAGAGUAUGAUGUACAGAGUGACAACGGGCGUGUGAUUUUCUUUCCGCCGGAGACUUCCUAGGGGCAUUACCCAACCUACUU